AUGGCUCCUCCUCUGCCAACUGUGCGUCCCCGCACUCUUCCCCUCGAACUCAUCCACUACAUCAUACAAGACGCGUGGCUCUCCUUGGUGGACUACGAGUGGGGUGACCGUUGGGAGCUGUACCGAGACGUCUCUCUCGUUUCCCGCACCUGGCGCGACACCAUCGCCUCCAUUGCCCUGCGGAGCGUGAUGAUCCAGACCCCUCUAGAUCUGUCUAUCUACCGCUUACUCGUGAAACGGCGCUGGGGCUUCGACCCGGAAUCAAAGGACGUCGAACGGGCCAUGCCUGCCGCGCGCGAGUAUUUCCAGCGAUCCGAGCUUCUCAUCGUCCUCGCAGACUGGACAUGCCCCAGUUCAACAGGUUUCUACUUCUCUACCGACUACGCGCGCAUCCCGUGCUACAUUCCGGCGUGCAAACACGUCUCGGUGAUCAUCAAGGAGCUCCCGUCCAACGACCGCUUCGUCCUCCCCUACCGCCCGCUCUUCGAGUUCCUCACCCAAUACACCACCACGCGCGACCUCUAUCUCCUCUGGACGUACACGCACAUCAACAGGUAUAUCCUGCCGACCGACCCGAUGCGUGGCGUGACGUACCUGCGCAUCCACGAGUACCCGCGCUGCGUUUGCCACAACUACCACUAUGCAUCUGGGCACACCCACGACGUGGAGUGCUUCUCGUAUCACCUCCCCUCGCUCUUCCCGGACCUCACGCACAUCCAUCUCGAUACCCCAUACAUCCUCAAGUGCCUCUCCACGCCGCCGAGCGUCACGCGCCUCACGCUCGAGGCGCCCCCGAUCCACUAUCUCGCCACCAUAGGGCAUUUCAGCUCGCUCAUGGGCUGGAACAUCGUCUCCGCGCUCGCGCUAGGCCUCUUCCGCCGCGAGGACCGGGACGCGCCGCGGAAGAAGAUCGUCGUCAACGCGGGCAUGAAGGAGCCCACCGGCUGGACCCAGGCUCUUGCGGCCUGCGAGGCGCACGACGUCGAGCUUGAGCUCCGUCACGUAUACCUCACCCCUGACACUAUCUCGCCGCUUCCUACCCAACCCGUAUUGUCGGAUUCAGAACGCCCACGCGUUCCUCUUUUACAUUCGGGUGCGGCCUGAAGGAUCUCUUAGGGGUGCAAAGGGCUUCAAUGUUCAAAGAUCGUUUGUAGAGCGCGCUCGUUUAACGGCCGUCUGCGACUUGUACUAUCACCAACUGUAUCCAUACUCUCCGGUCCCGGUGACUGCUCUGUUUGUUGUUAAGGAUGUAAUAGC